CAUGCAUGUCCGCGUUGGCCUGGUUCCAUCAGGCGUCGGCACAUUGCACGCAUCAUUUCGCCGGCUCGGAACGUCCAUAGCAACUUGGUCUCAAGGGGCCCUGGGGUCAAGCGUGACUUCGUUUGCACCUGCUUACUGCAGCACCGUUGCCUCUUCAGCGCUGCUCUUUUAGCGAGCGAGGCCAAUGUCGCGUGGUCGCUCGCCGUCGCCUCAGGCGACGCUAUCUGCGUCAAGCCGUGGAACGUCACCGGAGCCCUACUACGGGCCUGUCGACGCGCCCCCGCCGUUGCUGAUCGACUUGUCCCCGCUGGCGCAGCAGUGGAAGGCCGCCCCCGUUCUGCCACAGGUGAUGUACCAGUUGGUCAAUGUGCGGACGAUCGCGUGCGCCAAGUGCUCGGCCAGCGAUCUGGCCGACCUCGACGUCGUGCACAAGCUCGCGGCGGCGCCAGAGCGCCAGAGAUGGCUUAAGAAGGCAGCGCAGCUCUCCCUCGUGGCAUUCAUGACGCCCGCUGGCGGGAACAGAGAGCGCCUGAAGUCGGAGUUGGGUGGCUCCAUGGCGCCUAUGCCUGGCCUAUCGACUCCAGGCUGCGCAGAAGACUGGCCGCGCAACUACGUGCUCACAGGGUCGGACGUAAACAUAUUCGUGCAGGGCGGAUUAGACAGCGCCGUGAAGAAGAUGCAGCUGAACGAUAAGAUAAACGGCCUCAAGCUCUUGCAGCGCAAGAGGCUGCAGAACCUCGACGUGUUGCAGUGUACCUUCUCGUGCAACAGUGUCGACGUCAAGCAUGUGCCAGAGGUCCAGUCUGAAAUCAUAGUGGUCAGCACGGACGACGAGAUGAAGUGCCUAAAAGGCCGACAGGAGGCAUUCCGCAAGGUGUUUCGAGACCAACGGGUCCAAUUGGAAGUAUCGUUUGGCGACGCAGGCAUGCUCGCUUUCGACGCCUACAUCUACCUCCUGAAGGCCUUCGCCAAAACUAUGCCAGAGGGUGCGCUGUCCUCCUUCCAGGCGGUGUCGUUUGGCCUGUUCGUGCUCCAGCUGGGGCUUUACAAGCAUGUCCCUGGCACGGCCGCGCAGCCCACUGCACUACUCCUCUUCGAGUGUUUCCUCCGUUGGUGCGGCGUGUAUUUCAGCAACCAGUGGAACAGCGACCAGAAAUUGAAAAACCAUAGAUUCAGCGCCCUGGACCUGUCCACUGGCAGACUCAUGUUGCGGACGAGGAGCCAGACUAAAUGUGAGGCGUACUUCGUGGCGGACGAGGUGCACUCCUUGCACACGCAUUCAGCGGACAGGCUGAACAUCGCUGGGUCGAUCAGCCCGAAGUUGGUUCACGACGCUGCACAUCUAGCAUUGGUGUCACAUCUUAGCGUCGCAAAUGGUGAGCUCGUGUGCAGAUGACCUGUGCGCACAACUUUGUCUCUUAUGCUUUCAGGCCUCUGGCUCUUUUCGAGGUGGCCUCCCACAACCCUGCAGCGGAAGUGCCCCUGGGAGUCAGGAGAGGUCCCCAGGAGCGCCAUACUUAGGAUCUACCAACGGCGCAAGAAAUCUUGUGGCCAGCCGCAUAGCGACGGGGCCCAUAUUGAAAAUUUCUGGCCAGCCGCAUGGCGGCGGGGCCCGCAUCUCUGCUUUCAGGCCCCUUCGGGCAGACUCUACAUUUGAGUUUGACGGUCUGCUACUAUAAGAGCUACCGAACAGCCUUUCGUUAUGACGCGUCAGUCUGGGCAA